GAGCGGGUGUGGUUGCUCCUCUCCCAGUCAAACAGCGCCAGUUUUGUCCUUUGCAACUAUCCCCUCUUCCACCCAUUGUCGCAGGACAGAUCCUACCAAAUCUCGACCGUCGACCUCUAUCCGACAAGACUUUCUCUCGAGUUAUCGCUCAGUGCUUUUUUCCCCCCGCCGCCAGCUUCUCUCCCACCAGACUUCACAAUGGGCAAGUUGACCAGCACGAUCGGUAUUCCGAUCAAGCUCCUGAACGAGGCGCAGGGCCACGUUGUCACGCUCGAAAUCACGUCCGGUGUCGUGUACCGCGGAAAACUUCUGGAGGCCGAAGAUAACAUGAACGUUCAACUGAAGGAUAUCACGGUUACCGCCCGCGACGGUCGCGUGUCACACUUGGAUCAGGUCUACAUCCGGGGAAGCCAUGUCAAGUUCUUCAUUGUGCCGGACAUGUUGAGAAACGCCCCCAUGUUCCGCUCGCGAGGCCAGCGCGGCCGCGGUGUCGGUCUGGCUCGUGGUAAGGCCACUGUGCAGAGAGCUCGGGGCCAGCGACGGGGCUGAGGAUAGAAAUGUGUGAUUUGAUGAUGACGUUGGGGAGGGAGGUGGAUAAUCAUUGACUUGGUCGGCGUUUGCUCUUUUUUUCUCUUCUGUUAUGGACUGCUGCAACCUUGGAUCUGGGUCGGUCGGGGGUUGAUUCCAUUGAAUCGAAUAUACUACACGAAAAUCGAAUGACGAUUAGC